AUGUAUAAACCUGACCGAUACAGGGAUAGUGUAUCCUGGCAAUCAUAUCGAGCCGUUCCUUCACUAACUUCAGUGGAGCAAAGGAAUCCGGAGGAAACGAGACCAACUGCUAAAGCAUUACCUCGCUAUGUUAUAUAUGCUUGUAAUAUUAUGAUAAUGGUUACUGGCACGGCAUCGUUAGCUAUGGGAGCAUGGCUUCGUACAGAUUCACGAUUUAGUGAUUUCCUCUCCCAACGGUAUAGGAAUGUUGUAGAGGAAGCAUUCUGGCAGGCUCCUACUUUGUACGUUUUUUCCUACAUUUUGAUUAUCGUUGGGAUGUGCAUGGUGGUUGUUGGUAUGGUUGGUUGUUGUGGUGCAUCUACCGAUUCUCGAAUACUUCUUUUCAUAUAUGCAGUAGCAGUAUGCAUCCUUAUGCUGUGCACUAUUUCCUCGGAAAUUUACCUUAUCUUCAGAAAGUAUGGUAUUGAUGUUGAAGUGUCGGAUGCGUUAACGUAUAUGGUUCAAAAUUAUUAUCAAGGAGCAGGAAUUGUUCAGGAAAGUUUAGAUCGAUUACAGCAAGCAUUCCGAUGCUGUGGUAAUGCGGGUUGUAGUGACUUUCGAUUUUUGCAUCAAGAUGUUCCGCGUUCAUGUGACAUCAGGUGUGACGGUUGUCAUUAUCGUAUAAUGGCUGCAUUGCGCAUUGGUUUUUCUAUUGCAUUCGUUAUCUUUGCCAUCGUUAUUAUUGCUGAGCUUGUCGCAGUCUCAUCUGCACUGAUCCUCGUGAUUAGAUCAAGAAGUUCUGCGAGAGUUUGGUUGCCUAAAAUGAAAUGCCACAGAAAUCACUGCGGGAACAAAUAUUACUCGUAUGCACCUGAUCAGUAUCUGGAUUUGAAUUCACUGCGAAGUGAUGACUGUCCCGUGCCAGGCUGUCAUCAUUCUGACCAGCUUACUUCGCAUCAAAAAUACUGAGAGAUUCUAAUCAUUUCAGUACAUUUCGAGUUUUUUUUCUUUUCCGAGUGGUUCCAUCAUCUCUUAUGAAACAAAUUUCACCAAGUUUUUUUCCUUCGAAUGAUUGCAGGUUAAGUCAUGUAUUUUUCCUUUUCUUUAAUUUUUCUGAAGUCGUCUUUGCAUGCUCGAUGAUUGGCAGUAAGUCAAAAUAAAAAGAAAACAAAAGCAAGCGUAUUACUAUGUUUCUUAGUUCAUAAGCUUUUAU